AUAAAAAAGAUCACUUGAGCCAGGUCAAUAAGCAGGGCGCCACUGGCCACCUUUUGACAUGCUAUGAGCCUCAGAGCAUACUGUAGGGACAAUGGUCAUCAUCGAUUCUGUGGUCAAUUGCAAAGCAGCCACCGGUCAGUAAACUAUACAGUUAGCAAACCCAAACUGAUCCAUUUCAUUGUGACAGAUGACUCUCGGGGGUUUUAGUUGUGAUCGAUGUAGCCUGACAAGGCAUGGAAAGGGCGGUGAUUUAGGGGUUCCGAUCCAGUCAGCACCAUACUUAGCUAAGGGGAACCCACCGCACAAGAGCUGGCCAUGUUGGGAUGAACUGGAGGAGUCGCGCGGCUAUCCACUCUGUUCCUGUCGCUUCUGCUGUUCGGCAGGAAAAAAAAAAAAAAACCUCUCACUGUCUUUUCCUUCUCGCUCGCUGGCUGAGGUCGGCAAACAAACGCUCACUAUCUGAUUGUGAUGACCUGCGGAGAUGCAGCGUCUCUUUCUGUCCACGAAAAGAUCGGCCCUAGCCGUACAUCAAGUAAAGUCUGUUCUGCGUCCGACCGAGGGACUACUGGUCCGAGUGACCAUCAUGGGGAAAUCAGAAAGUCAGAUGGACAUCGUGGAGAAGACGACUAAGAUGGGCAAGCGGUGGUGCAGCGUACUGGAGAUCGCGCUGAUUGUCCUUUUGCUCCUGCUGACUUGCGGCUUGGCUGGACUGCUGGUCCUCUACAUGAGCGCAAGAGACUCUUCUGUUCCCCAGACCAGUCUCAGUAACAUCUGUACAACUCCUGGAUGUGUGACUGCAGCUGCUCGACUCCUCCAGAACAUGAAUCCUAAUGUUGAACCCUGCCAGGAUUUUUACCAGUAUGCCUGCGGGGGCUGGCUAAGUCGCCAUGUGAUUCCAGAGACGAGCUCACGCUACAGUAUUUUUGACAUCCUGCGGGAUGAACUUGAGAUCAUUCUCAGGGGUGUUCUGGAGACCCCUAACCACCUGGAUCGGGAAGCCUUCAAGAAAGCAAAGCAACUAUACCAAUCAUGCGUGAAUGAGAGUUUGAUUGAGAUGCGAGACUCACAGCCUUUGCUGCAACUUAUUGAUGCGGUUGGGGGAUGGCCAGUGUCAUCCUGGGACUGGAAUUUAAAUCAUGGGGCACAGUGGAGACUAGAAAACACACUGUCUACUCUCAAUGCUGUCUACCACAAGAAGGCUCUAAUUGACAUGUUUGUGUGGACAGAUGACCGCAACUCUAGUCGUCAUGUCAUCUAUAUAGACCAGCCUGGCCUGGGGAUGCCAUCCAGAGAUUAUUAUUUUAAUGAUGGCAGUUACAAGAAGGUGAGGGAUGCCUAUCUUCAGUUCAUGGUGACAAUUGCCACCAUGGUGCGUGAGGACAAGGGCCUCAAGCAAAACGACAGCUUGGUUCAGCAGGAGAUGAUGCAGGUCUUAGAGCUGGAGACAGACAUAGCCAACGCCACAGUCCCGGCAGAGGAGCGGCAUGAUGUCACCAUGCUGUAUAAGCAAAUGAGUCUAACUGAGGUUCAACAGCUCUUUCCUCUCAAUGGGUUCAACUGGCUGCAUUUUAUACAGGGGGUUCUGUCCUCGGUUAAUGUGGCUGUAAAGCCUCAGGAAGAGCUGGUUGUUUAUGGUGUCCCCUACUUACAACGGCUCCAAGGAAUUCUCUCAGUCCAUUCCACCAGUACUUUGCAGAACUACCUGACAUGGCAACUGUUAAUGGACAGGGUCAGCAGUCUGAGUCGGCGUUUCAAGGAGGCUCGAGCACACUAUCGCAAGGCUCUGUAUGGAACCACGGUGGAGGAAACGCGAUGGCGAGACUGUGUGCGCUAUGUACAGAGCCAUAUGGAAAAUGCUGUGGGGGCACUUUAUGUGAGGGAGACAUUUGCAGGGCACAGCAAGCAGAUGGUUAGUAAACUGAUUGACAAAAUCCGUCAGGCCUUUGUGGAGACUCUGGAUGAGCUUGCUUGGAUGGACAAGUUGUCCAAGGAGAAGGCGCAGGAGAAGGCGAUGGCAAUCAAAGAGCAGAUUGGAUACCCAGACUACAUCCUGGAGGACACCAAUCCAAAACUUGACAUGGAGUAUGCUCAUCUUAACUUCAGUGAAGACAACUACUUUGAAAACACACUAGAAAACCUGCGGGCAGGUGCCCAGAAGAGCCUCAGAAAGUUACGUGAGCGUGUAGACCCUGAAUUGUGGAUCAUUGGUGCUGCAGUGGUGAAUGCCUUCUACUCUCCCAAUCGGAACCAGAUAGUGUUUCCUGCUGGGAUCCUGCAGCCACCUUUCUUCAGCCAAGACCAGCUGCAAGCAUUGAACUUCGGGGGCAUUGGAAUGGUUAUUGGUCAUGAGAUCACCCAUGGCUUUGAUGAUAAUGGAAGAAACUUUGACAAAGAAGGCAACAUGUUUGACUGGUGGAGCAACUUCUCUGCCAUGAACUUCAGGGACCAGUCACGCUGCAUGGUGAAUCAGUAUGGCAGCUACACAUGGAAACUGGCCGGGGGACAGAAUGUCAGUGGCAUAAGCACUCUUGGAGAAAAUAUUGCUGACAAUGGAGGAGUCCGACAGGCCUACAAGGCUUAUAUGAAGUGGAUCGAGACAGAAGGUGAAGAACCACAGCUGCCUGGCCUAAAUCUCAACUACAAGCAGCUCUUUUUUCUGAACUUUGCUCAGGUUUGGUGCGGGUCAUACAGACCAGAGUAUGCCAGCCAGUCUAUCAAGACGGACUCACACAGCCCACUUGAAUAUAGGGUCAUUGGUUCUCUGCAAAACUUUGCGGCAUUCUCAGAAGCCUUCCACUGCAAGCUGGGCAGCACUAUGCAUCCAUAUGAGAAGUGUCGUGUAUGGUAGACAGAUGCU